AUGAGGAGUCGGGUUCUGGUCACGACACAGUACAACGCUGGCAUGCAACCUGACGCGGAAGUCACAGAAGUCAACUCGGUCGCGCAGCUGCAAGCCAUUAUCGACCAGUUAGAAUCUCGAAUGAGAAAGCUUGAGUCCAGUGAGAAGAAGGUGCAGCUAGCUACUGAUACACCUGUCACCCCUGAUCCUCCAACAGAAGAUGGAGACAAGAAAGCAACAGAGGGCUCUGAGUCAGAUUCUGAUGGGACAGUCAAGGUCAAGUAUGAGACGAUGAGACAGACCAGCACAGGAGGCUACGCGAAGGAAGAUGGUCGACCUCCAGGAGAGGCUGAUAUGGAGAGGGAGGCAGCCUCUGGCGAUGUCCUCACUUUUACGGCCUACAAAUCUAAAGAGGGCAAUCUUGAGAAAGUGAUGAUCAAGAUUCACUCCAUCAUUUUACGAAAUUUCAUUAGAGAGAUAAUGCAACCCGUCCUUGAGCAUGAAAAUGUCAAGAUAUGGAAGGAUGCGCAAGUCACGAUUCAGACCAACAAUGUUCUUGUCUUGCACGCUUGGGAUGAUUUGAAGGCUGCGGCAAUAUCAGAUGAUGGAACCCCUCAGGCUCGCGCGGAGCUUACCUGCUUUCUCGAUAAUAUCGAGAAAUAUGAAGCGGAGACCAUUGAAGCUCGAGAACUCGCCAAAAAAGAGCGACAAGUCACAUAUGCGAAGAUGUGGACGUUGUUUCCCCUUGGUUCUGAAGUUGUUGCUUUCCCUUUCAAGGACAGUCCACAGAUCUUCACGAUCUAUAGACAUGGGCCUAAAGCAGAUGGAUUCUCCUUUCAAUGCUGGGCUUACGACUGGGACGGCGAGAAGCUCGUUCGACAUUCGUAUGAGUUCGAUGUUCCUUCUUUUCAGGGACUGAAGAAAGUCGAGGAGCUCCCUUGUUACCCGAUCGACUUUUACAACAGUAACGGCGAGGGACCGCAGCAAUUACGGAAGAUGCUCUAUGAGCGUGGCAAGAGGUUCAAGGAGUAUUGUGCUAUUCCUGGAUCCGAGAGGCAGAUACUCACUGCAAACGAGUUCACUCUGCUGAGAGAUUCUUUUGACGGACCAAGAGUUACAAAAUCCGAAGCAUCAAUUGCCCAGGCGAUGACAGAUGAGACAAGCAAUAGUGGCGUUAGCGUCAUUCUAGAUCCGUUGCUUUACAAGCGCUAUGCUCCCGGGGCUUGUCUUCACCUGGGCCAUAAAACUCCCACCCCACGACGAUCGUGUGAAUGUCGCCUCUGUCUUAUCAACGGAAAACGAAAGGAAUGGGAAGACCACUUCAAGAGUACCAAAGGCGACCCUGAAGAUCUUUCAACCGAAGAUGCUGAGCUCAAUGAGAUAUUCUACUCUCAGCUGCCUCCCAGAGUGCUCGGGUAUGUGCUCGAUCGCAAAGGUUGGGGCCAAAUGCAUGUGGACUCGAUCAAGAAGGAGUCAAGUGUCGGUAAGGACAAGAGUUGGGAAGAACUCUCUCUUGAGAAGGAGCACAAGGAAAACAUAAGAAACAUGGUGUCGAAACACUUCGAGCGAGCAACUAGUGCGACUAACGACGGAAAAAGAAUCCAUGAUCUCAUCCCUGGGAAGGGAGAUGGGCUUGUAAUCUUGCUGCACGGUAUUCCUGGUGUCGGAAAGACAAUGACUGCAGAAGCUCUCGCGCGUGAAAUGCGACGACGACUGCUCCGUAUUGACGCCGCAGAUUUCCAAUACAAUAAUCCAAGUCAAGUCAGCUUGGUGUUCAAGAAGUUCUUCCACUUGGCACAUUCAUGGGGUGCCAUCCUUCUUCUCGACGAGGCAGAUGUCUUCCUUCAGCUUCGACGGCGGGCAGAACUUGAGCAAAACGCACUUGUUUCAGACAAUGCUGUGCAGUCCCGCAUCAACUACGCCGUCCGGUUCCCCAAUUCAUUCGAUAUGGAUAGCAUUAGCAAGAUCUGGAAGACAUUCAUGGAUCAGCUCAAUGAUGACAACUGCCGACCGCACGAUAGGUCAAACAUAGAGUAUUAUUUCAAGACAGCAGGCUCCGUCUUGCAAGCGAACAAGUUCACCGGACGAGAUAUCCGCAAUAUCUUCAUCACGGCCCAACUGCUGGACUAUCCCUGGUUGACUUUCGGCAAUCUCAUGAAAGUUAUCAACUCAACGAGCAAGUUCAGAUCUGAUCUAGCAAAGACAUCGCAACAGCAAGAGAUGGCCAAUGCUGUCACGGAUCAUGAUCGAGUGUGA